AUGCCACUCGCCCGGAGGUUGACCGGCGGGAACCCCCAGCACGCUCCACACGACGGCUCGCACCACGCACAAUCAUCAUCACAAGGACCAGAACGAGGAUCAGAGGGUAACGCGGGACUGACUCUACCAUUGUCGUCUCCGGAUUCUGGUCUCUCAAGCGGCAAGACCAGCCUCGAUCAAGCAGCUGUCCGGUUGCCUUUCCUCGGUUCGGCACCAGAACCCAUCUCCCCUACCAAGAGCCUCGAUACGACUUCCCUCUCGCAAACCAAUAACCUGGCCGUCCCGAAACCCCCGCUCCCGAGCACUUCGAGUAGCCAGACGGUCGUCGACGAAUUGGAGACGGAUCCUUUCCGCUCGUCACCCAAGUCCAUCUCCAACUCCAAGUCCAUGAACCUGAAGCCUACCGAACCGAACGCGAUGACUGGGGCGGGAGUAGGGGCCGCGCAGGAAAAGCCUCAUCCGGGCUUACACCAUGAUCAGCGGGCGGUCCAGGAUAGGCCUGGAAUCAUGAGGAAUAGAAGUGCCGUGAACACGCAUGGCAACGAUAACAAUAACAACAUCAGCGUUAAUGGCAGUGCAGCCGGGCUGAGGGGGCACGAUCCGGAAAAGGGAUUAGGAUUAGGUGGAGAUGCUGGAGCGCACAAGGGUGGAGCAUUGGGAGCGUUCAAGGAGAGGUUCUCCAACAAGAACGCUCUGAAGGGCUCAGGGGUCGUACCGAAGAUCAUCGGGGAGAAGGAUUUCGCGGAUGACAAUCCGACGACACACACUCACGCUCAUAAUAGCAACAACCGGGCCCGAUUCGAAAAGGAACCCGGGUCGUUCGAUUGGACCUUGAAGGAAACCUGGGCGAGGGUGAAACAACGUCUGAGGAACCCUUCGCACCCUUCGUCGAGUUCGCAGUUGGAAAGCGCUUUGGGAGAGGACUCCGUCAGCGCCAUGGGAUCUCAUCGGCCCCGAAAUCCGAGGAGCGUAACGGGCGGGACGAGCGUCGGGAGGAGUCCUUCGAAUUGCCAGGGUGGGUAUGAAGAUGACGAGAUCAUCGGGUCGGGUGAUAGGGGGAUGACGGAACCCGUUAGCGUGGUCGCUGUAGAGAGCGAUCUGAGGCAAUUCGUACCCGCUGCCAAGAGCGACAAUGGAAGCGCGGCGAAUACGGGCAGCGUGGUUAAUAACAACCCGAAUAACAAUACUACCCAGUACGGCGGAAACGGGUCGAGUCAUCGUCCGGAUACCGAUGGAAGUACGACCCAGCCUUCCUGGGUGGCUAGGAUGGCUCAGGGAGGUAGUUUCGGCAUGGGCGAUGGUGCGGGAAGGAGAAAGAACGGGGACGACGGAUCGAGUAUACGGAGGGACAGGAGGACCAAUCUCAUCAAGCGGACGUGGCUGUACGAGAUGAUCGCUGAGCGGGCUUGGCCUGUCGUCGCGCAUUUCUGCGAUUCGAAGUUCCCAGAACCGAGCAAGGAGAAGAGCUAUUUGAAGGAAGUGCAUUUCACGCUCAGGAGAGGCGCGAUCUGUGCCAGUCUUUUCUACGUCAUCUCGUGGAUCUUGACGGCUGCUCUGCAAGCCAAGCCGUAUGGGCCCAUCGGCGCUUAUGGUUAUAUGCUCGCCACUGGGAUCUUCAUCGUUCCCUUGCCCUUGCUUGUCAUCUUUGACCUGGUGAAGACCCGACCGUUCUUUUACCAGGCUUGGUUGUGGUGUGCCACAUGGGGCUUCUCCAUUAUCGUCCUGAUUGACAUGUAUGAUUGCGGAUUCUAUUCGGAUCAUAGAAACUGCGGGAAGAAGGACUUUUUGGGUCUUUUCUAUUGGGGUCUUUCCCUGCCCGUAUUGUCCAUCUUGGCGCUUGGUGCGAAACGGUCAUGGCACAUUUUUGGCAUGAUUGUUUGGGCUGCUUUAGUCAUCGCUUUGAUUCUAGUCGGAGGCUCUCCCGCAUUGAUGUAUCGAAACUUCGUCAACUUCCUUCUGUUCCACGGUUUCUUGCUCAUGGUCAGCUACCUCAAGGAAAAAUCAGACAGACAAUUGUUUAGCUUGCGGACCCAGUUGAAGCUGCAGUACCGUGCUACUCAGCAAGCGCAGAUUUCUGAGAAGAAGGCCAACGCCCUGAGUCGACGAUUCGUUUCUUACAUCUUCCACGAGGUCCGAGUGCCCCUCAACACCGCUUUGUUGGCCGUCCAGAAUCUGGAGAAUGAAGGCGUGUAUGACGCCGUCGACAAAGAUCAACGUGAUAUGGUAGAUGGCCUGCAGGCUUCCCUUACGAUGAUGGAGAAAGUUCUUAAUGAUGUGCUGUCCUUCAACCGUAUGGAAAGCGGAAAGUUCACCCAAUCUCGCAAACCUUUUGACUUGCACAAGUCGGUUCAACUUGUUGUCUUGUCACAUAACGCUCAGGCGCAAGCGAGUGGGCUCUACUUGAAGGCCGAGCUUGAUCCCGAGAUCGACAAACUUGGAGGAACCUUUAUCAGCGACGAGAUGCGACUCCGUCAAGUGGUUUCGAAUCUCGUCAGCAAUGCCGCCAAGUUCACUCCUUCCGGUGGAAUCACGGUCACUACGAAACUGCUCUGGCCCCGUCUUGCAGAGUUCACUCCCCUGGACGAAAACCCUACGGCAUCGCACCACGACUCGAUCACCACCGAAAAGACCCUCAAUGGGGAUGACGCGAAUCCCUUUGCACCGUACCAAAAGGACUUUGUUCGAGGCAGUAACGACAAGGCGAUCAUUCGCGUCGAGAUCAAGGAUACCGGUAUUGGUCUCAGUCCCAAGGAUACGAAGCGCGGGGCUUUAUUCUCGCCCUAUGUCCAAACCGAAAUCGGUCGUCGUCAAGGCGGUAAAGGAACUGGUCUUGGAUUGGCUUUAUGCAUGCAGAUUGUCAAGUUGAUGGGCGGUCGAAUGGGCGUGGAUAGUCAACUAGGCGUCGGUUCUACGUUCUGGUUCGAACUCGCAUUGUUGCUGCCCCCACCUUCCUCCCAUCCUGUCAAUCUCCUGCCACUGCCCGAACCAUCCCGCGGACUGAAAGACCAUCCCCCCGUGCACAUUUCCGACAAGGCAUAUCUGCAUACGGCUGAGGCUCCGGCUGAUCUCGAACCGCCUCGACCGCCUUUCCUGCAAGUGCAGACACCGUCAUCACCGGGAGAGGUAGCGGAGACCCCUGAUAGCCAAAGUUCCGGCGAUUCUGCCCAGACCCCCUUUAAACCCCCUUAUGAACUUCUCCCUUACCAAAAGCACAUGAAGGCGGAGAACGUCUUUGACGCCAUUGAAGAACAAGUCCAUACCGAAGUCAUGCAUCAACAGUAUCCAACCUUUACCCCCAUCGUUCAAUCGGAUGAACCAAGCUACGAAGAGUCGGAAACGUCCACAGUAUUUAGGAAACAAUCGGAUGCAUCGUACGCGUUCAGAAAAGGCUCGGACGCUCAGUCGAUGGCGGGAGCGAUGACGCCAGCGAUUACCCCGAUGAAACACAAGACCAAGGACGGUUUGCCGCCCCUGCAUUGUCUUGUAGUGGAUGAUGACAAUAUGACGCGGAAACUGAUGUGCCGAAUGCUGCAAAAGAUGGGCCAUCAGACGGAUCAAGCUGAAAACGGAAAACUCGCACUCGAGAUGGUCCGACAACGACACUUCCGCGAAGUGACGGACACGCAGUAUGAUAUGAUCUUCCUGGACAACCAGAUGCCGGUCAUGACCGGGGUCGAGUGUGCGAGAGAGUUGAGGUCGUUUGGAUGCCCGAUCUUCAUCUGCGGCGCAACUGGAAACGCUUUGCAGGACGAUCAGACCGAGUACCUCGAUGCAGGAGCAGAUCGAAUUCUGACGAAACCUAUCAAGCAAGCCUCGAUGAUAGAAGCUAUGGGUGAAGCCCGCUUGCGAGUAGCCGGUGACACGAAACCUAAAGGUGCCCGAACGGAACAGUUGAGCGACGAACUCUUGGGAAGCAGCAUACCGCCGCCUAUCACACCAUGA